CAGAAAUCCCCUUUCUAUCUUAUAGAGAGAGAGAGAGAGAGAGAGAGAGACAACGAAUUCUCACUGUAGUUGUCUUCAACGUCCGAUAGCCAUGGCCUCAACCUCCACUACCGUUUCUGUCUCCUCUUCAUCAACCAUCAUCGACAGCAAAGCGCCUCGCCAGCAGGCGGCAAUGCCGCAAUGUGUCACGCUCCCGACGCUCCCUCCGCCGCCCGUCGCUACUCAGAACCGUCCCCAGCAAAGUCGCAGCUCUUGGAAGACGGCUGCUUACUGCCGUAGGAUUGCCCGGAACGUCAUGGCCAUGGCCACUGGAGAAUCACAGGUCAUGGCCACAGCCACCGUAGAUGCACCUACUUAUUCCACCACUGAAUCCACCACUGAGCUCCCAGAAAUUGUGAAAACCGUACAAGAAGCAUGGGACAAGCUUGAGGACAAAUAUGCAGUGACAUCUCUGGCAGUCGCCGGGGUGGUAGCGCUUUGGGGCUCUGCUGGAAUGAUUUCAGCAAUUGACAGGCUUCCUUUAGUCCCCGGUGUUCUUGAAGUUGUAGGAAUCGGUUAUUCAGGGUGGUUUGCAUAUAAAAAUCUGGUGUUCAAACCAGACAGGGAAGCUUUGCUAAAGAAAGUCAAAGACACCUACAAUGACAUACUCGGGAGCAGCUAAUCAACCAUCUAAAUACACUUACCAGAUGCAGCUGUUCCUAUGAGUUGGGACUCUUAUAUAUCAGGUUAUGGAGCAGCUCUUUUGAACGGAGACUAGAAGAAAAUGUAAUUUUUCUGUUCUAUGUAUUUCACAUAAGUUUCUAACCUUAAGCUAAAAAUGCAAGCCCAUGUGGUCCUUUAUCUUCAAAUUACAUGUAUCCUAAAAUAUAUACUUUUUUACUAUGUUAUUAGACCAAAACUUAAUUAGAUGUGAUAAUGAAAAACAAAAAAACAAAAAAACAAAAAAAACAAAUGCUUGUUACGAGAGGCGUGGACAGUCCGAUCAAUCAAUCUAGAUAGUUCACUAGGGAUUGUUUGGAUGCUUGUAAAAUUUUUAGCUACAAAUAAUUUACAGAAAUAAAGAUUUUCAUAAGUAUAUGGUUUAUCUUUCA